UGCAGUUUUCCCGUCUUGGCAGCAUGCCACCAGCUCUUCUUUGAUACCAUCUCCUGUUGCCGCUCCAUAUGCCACAGCCUUCUACUAGCCUCUCUGUUCUCUUCUCUCUCUCCCCACGGGCUCUUCCGUACGAGUUGUACGGAAAGUACUGCUAGUAGCAUUUAGAGUCUGGAGAUGCAUCCCGCCAGUGGCUUCACUUCCUGUCCUUCCGCUUUUGACCAGUAAUUUCUUCAGUCCGCUCGCAGCAGGAGUCACAUGUCCACGUGGCUGUCCCAUCGCCCAGUACAAUCACAUCCGUUCUCUUAAACAUCAACCCGUGAACAAAUGCGUGACACGUGGCAAGGCAUGGCUCCAGGAUGCCCAGACGACACGUGGCGCGAAUACAGCGUUCCGUUCGGAGACAAUUCCACGUGCUCACAAGGAUGGGCGGACCUCCUCGGCAUGCCGUGUCAGCCAAUUGCUCCACGUCAGCAACUCGACCCGCCUCGUCAUUUCCCUGGUUCGACACGUCACCCGAACAGUCUCUUGCUGCCUCGGCCUCCGUCUUUCACGCAGCCGAAGCAGUGGCCUAUCUUCCCCACGCUUUUCUCGUCCGCGGGUCGAUAGUUCCUCCGACGCCUUAUUCUCGCUCUCCGCGAACGACGCUGUAGCCACUCGUCACCUGGUCUCUUAAAACACCGCCGCCGCCGCCGCCGCCGCCGUCGGCGCCGCUGUUGUCAACGGUUCCCCUCAGCAAUUUUCAAACGUCCCAGAAUCAGCUCUCCUCGCUUCCUCCCGCCCCGGCUUCUCCCCGCGGCCCCGCCUCGGCAGCAGCGGUGGCAGUAGCAGCAGCGGCGGGGAAAGCGGCGCAACUGACGGCGGGGAUGGCGGCGGAUUAUGGGGCAGGGAGGAAGCGGAGGAGGAUGCUAGCGCGCCAUCGGCCGGCAGCGCUCGACUUUGUGCUGGAGCUGGCCGGGCCGCAGAUGGUGUCGGCAUCUGGCGACCGUCGAUUCCGAUGGUGCCCCGAUUCGCUGAUCCCAGCCGACGAAUUGCCCGUCGCUGCCUUCGCCGUGGACAGGGAUCUGACGUGCGUGAUGUGGAACCGGCGAAUAGCGUCGCUGACAGGCUGGAGCCUCGAUGACGUGGCGCAGAUGGGGAGGUUUCCGGGAAGACUGCUGCGGCCUGCAAAGGAGUCCGCGUACGAGCACGCGCACGACGUGCUGCAGGCAGCCAUGCAGCGAGCAGAGCCCGUCCAAGUAGCCAUGGUGCUCGUCACCCGCGCCAAUGCGACACCCACUGCGACACCCUCUGCGACACCCUCUGCGACACCCUAUGCGACGGCCUAUGCGACGCCCAAUGCGACGCACAGCAGCAGGAGCUACCCAGCCAGGCGUCACCCACGCAUGAGUUACCCGAGCAGCAGUUGUGCGUGCAGCUGCACGCAUGCAUGCGCACGGAUGCAGUGGGGGCGAUAAACGGGGCGCUCUGUAUCGUCAUGCCGCUUACUACCAUGGCCAUGUCUCUUACCACCUUGGCUCUGCUCACUCCGGCACCUGAUCCUGUUGCCACCCCUACCGUAGCCACCUCACCUCACCCAUCAGCUGCUGCUGCCACUGCCACUCCUGUUGCUGCUGCCGCUGCUACAUCCGUUGCCCCUCUGGCUGCUCCUGAUGCUGCUGCCGCUGCUACAUCCGUUGCCCCUCUGGCUGCUCCUGUUGCUGCUGCCACUGCUACAUCCGUUGCCCCUCUGGCUGCUCCUGUUGCUGCUGCCGCUGCUACAUCCGUUGCCCCUCUGGCUGCUCCUGUUGCUGCUGCCACUGCUACAUCCGUUGCCCCUCUGGCUGCUCCUGUUGCUGCUGCCGCUGCUACAUCCGUUGCCCCUCUGGCUGCUCCUGAUGGUGCUGCCAUUGCCGCUCCUCCUCCUGCUGCUGCUGCAUCGUUUGCCAAGACGUUGCCCACGGACGAGGAGGACGGAGGAGGAGGGAUGGAUGCAAGAGGUGGGGGAGUGACCAAUGAGUGGCUCGGGAUUAGGAGGCCGGACUUGGAGAGUGCAAGAGGCGCGCCUAGCAGCAUCUUCAGUCGCUGCAGCGGCUGCAGCGGCAGCAGCAGCGGGGGAUUGGCUGGGAGAGGUGCAAUCGGAGGGAGGAGAGGGAGAGUGCGACGAGGUGUGGCAGCGGAUGCAGCGGCGGUGGCGGCGGUGGCUUGGACUCCCCUUCCUGCCGGUCCCGUCCUGCAAUAUAAUCACAUCGCCCGAAUGUGGCGGUGCUUACGGAGAGUGGAGAAGACGGCGUGGGAGUGCGAGGACGGAUGAUCUGGGAAUGGAGAGGCAGAGGGAGGGAGUGCGCGGAGUUGCACCGCUGGCAGUGGAUGUAGGCGCCAGCUCACCAGUGGCAGCAGGGUCAGCAUCAUCACCAACAACCCAUCAUCAGCAGCAUCCCCAGGGUCCCCAGUAUCGGCAUCAUCGCCAGAAUCACCAGACGACAUUCCCGAGGGCAUGCGGGGCCCACCGGAGCUGCACACGCCUCGGGAGAUCCUCCCGUCCCGCCACAUGCUGGAGAGCGUUGGCGUGGGCGCCACGCGCAGAUUCCUCCCCUCCAACGCCUCCCACACCAUUUCAUCUCACCCCACGCCAAAGACCCCUCCGGCCGCUACAGCCCUGCUCCCCUCCCCCAUCCCUGUCCCCCCCAACGCCUCCCACACCGUCUCCUCUCACGCCACCUCGAAAACCCGUUCUGACGUCUCCCCGACGAGCCGUCCUGCCACCACAGCCCUGCUCCCCUCCCCCAUCCGUGCCCCCUGCAGCGCCUCCCGCACCAUCUCGUCUCACGCCACCUCUAAU